GCCCACCGGCGGCCGUGGCGGGCCGGGGAGCCAUGGAGCCGCGGGCGCUGGUCACGGCGCUCAGCCUCGGCCUCAGCCUCUGCUCCCUGGGGCUGCUGGUCACGGCCAUCUUCACCGAUCACUGGUACGAGACCGACCCCCGGCGCCACAAGGAGAGCUGCGAGCGCAGCCGCGCGGGCGCCGAGCCCCCCGACCAGAAGAACCGCCUGAUGCCGCUGUCGCACCUGCCGCUGCGGGACUCGCCUCCCCUGGGGCGCCGGCUGCUCCCCGGCGGCCCCGGGCGCGCCGACCCCGAGUCCUGGCGCUCGCUCCUGGGGCUCGGCGGGCUGGACGCCGAGUGUGGCCGGCCGCUGUUCGCCACCUACUCGGGCCUCUGGAGGAAGUGCUACUUCCUGGGCAUCGACCGGGACAUCGACACCCUCAUCCUGAAAGGUAUUGCGCAGCGAUGUACAGCUAUCAAGUACCAUUUCUCUCAGCCGAUCCGCUUAAGAAACAUUCCUUUCAACUUAACCAAGACAAUCCAGCAAGAUGAGUGGCACCUGCUUCAUCUAAGAAGAAUAACCGCCGGCUUCCUGGGCAUGGCCGUGGCUGUCCUGCUGUGUGGCUGCAUCGUGGCCACUGUCAGCUUCUUCUGGGAGGAAAGCCUGACCCAGCACGUGGCUGGACUCCUCUUCCUCAUGACAGGGAUUUUCUGCACCAUCUCCCUCUGCACGUAUGCUGCCAGCAUCUCCUACGAUCUGAACCGGGUCCCGAAGCUCAUUUACAGCCUGCCUCACGACGUGGAACACGGCUACAGCUGGUCCGUCUUCUGUGCCUGGUGCAGUUUAGGUUUUACCGUGGCAGCUGGAGGGCUCUGCAUUGCCUAUCCGUUCAUCAGCCGGACCAAGCUAGCACAACUAAAGUCUGGCAGGGACUCCACGGUAUGACUGUCUGUGCCGAAGAGGGCUCGGCUACCGAGCGGGUCUGAGUCCCGUUAGGAGUGGAACUGAGUUCACGUCAGGGUACUAAGCACAAAGAGGUCUUUUACAUUCCAACCUGUUGCCUGCAGCCCUUUCCAGAUGACUGAUAGAAAACUGUGCAGGACCUCCCGACCUUUCUAAGGACAAAACAACUGUGGGUUCAAGUGCUUUAAUGACUAUUUACGCUUUGACUGUGCGAAAUGAGGACCCGUGCAACCAGACGUUUGUAGGCUUCAGAAAUGAGGAACAGAAAUGGGAGAAUUUGUACGGUUUCCGUUCACUUCAGAAAGUUUGUAUAUAAUGAUUACCGGAGAGUCGUUUCUAUUUGCAAAAGGAUUCAUAACAAAACGAGUAUAAUUUUCUUGUCGCUGUUCCAGGCUUGUUCGGUUUUAAUGCAGUAUCUUCAGAACAUGUCCUCCUGGCGUCGUCUCGUGUCAGCACCUGACAUUUGUGCAUUUUCUGUGGAUGUUUCUCGUCACAAGAGGACUCUUCUUCUCUUGCCUUAUUAUUGCUUUUAACGAAUUGGCGUUCGCUCCCUGUCCUUGUACUGGAUUCAAACGCAGAGGAAUAACAGACCAACCGUGUAAGAGCUGAUCCGUAUCACUAUGCAGCACCGUUUGAAGCCUUCUCUGAUGUUUGCUUGUGUCUCUUUAUGUUAACUGGGUUUCUGCAUUAAAUGACUGCCCCGCCCC